ACACACACAACCAAUGCUAUACACUACUCCUUCACCCCCACAAUCAACGGAAUAUUCCGAUCUCCACCAUGGCAAUGGCAACCCAAGCAACCCUCUUCGCCGCCACCAUCUCCGCCGACCGCGUCGCCGCGCCGUGGAAACAGUCGCUCGCGCAGUUCUCCACCGCCACCAAGCCCAUCAUCAAGUCCGCCGCCACACACCGCCCCAUCCGCGCCAUGGCGGAGGAUGCGCCGGCGGCGGCAACGAAGGAGCCCGAAGCUCCGGCGGGGUUCACCCCACCGGAGCUCGACCCAACGACCCCAUCGCCGAUCUUCGGCGGCAGCACCGGCGGGCUCCUUCGAAAGGCCCAGGUGGAAGAAUUCUACGUCAUCACAUGGGAAUCGCCGAAGGAGCAGGUGUUCGAGAUGCCGACGGGCGGCGCCGCCAUCAUGAGGCAGGGCCCGAAUCUGCUGAAGCUGGCCCGAAAAGAGCAGUGCUUGGCCCUGGGAACAAAGUUGAGGUCAAAGUACAAGAUCAAAUACCAGUUCUACAGGGUUUUCCCCAACGGUGAAGUGCAGUAUCUCCACCCGAAAGACGGAGUUUACCCGGAGAAGGUGAACCCGGGUCGAACCGGAGUCGGGUUGAAUAUGAGAUCCAUUGGCAAAAACGUUAGCCCUAUUGAGGUUAAAUUUACUGGGAAACAAGUCUAUGAAUUGUAAACUGUAAUUUUGUGGUUAAUUAUAUAAUUAAUGAAUUGAUUAAGCAUUUGUUUCAUU